CUAUUUAUAUAAACCUCCCUCUCUCAUAUUCUCAUAUAAUAAGAAGUGUGUGAUCACCGCUUGUAGCAUUCUCUCUCUAUAUUUAUAUCUGUUUGGUAGAGAGUAUUACACAGAGAGAGAGAGAGAGAGAGAAUGGAGGUACAUCAAUCAAAGAAGUUUCGUGGUGUCAGGCAAAGACAAUGGGGGUCAUGGGUUUCAGAGAUCCGCCAUCCAUUGCUGAAGAGAAGGGUGUGGCUUGGUACAUUUGAUACGGCUGAAGCCGCGGCAAGAGCAUAUGAUCAAGCAGCCAUUGUAAUGAAUGGUCAAAAUGCAAAGACCAAUUUCCCUAUAACCAGCAGCCAAGGCUCUCCAGCAGAAACCAAUAUAGCUGCUAAGCUCCGUAAAUGCUGCAAGGACCCUGCCCCGUCCCUCACUUGUUUGCGUCUAGAUAGCGACAAUUCCCACAUUGGUGUGUGGCAAAAACGCGCUGGCAAAGGGUCUGACUCCGGCUGGGUAAUGAGGGUUGAGGUUGGUAGCAAGAGAAAACUGGUUGACGCAACGACAACCACUGACACGACGUCGUCGUUGGAAUCAUUGUCUCCGGUGGCGGUGGUGGAAGAUGGUGGUCCGGGAGGACAUCUUGAUAGAAAUGUAGAGGAAGAGAAUAGGAUGGCAAUGCAGAUGAUAGAAGAAUUGCUUAACUGGAAUUAAUUAGAUGGUAUAUAAUUAUAUAUAUUGUUUUUCCCUUGCGUGUAUACAUAUAUAUAUUUUGUAGAAUUUGAUAUACUACAUAUAUAGUUUUCUCAAUAAUUUGUAAACAUAUAUAUACUCCGUAUAAGUUAUUUUCUAUGACAUUCAUGUAUACAUAUUUUUAAUAUGUAACUUAUAUGAAUAAAUUAAGGCUAUAUGUUAAGCCUAGCAUUUAAUCUCA